GUGGAUAUGAAAGUGGGAAAUCGCACAACCCUGACGGAAUUCAUCUUGGUGGGCUUCACAGCAGAUCGUCAGUUGCAGCUGAUUCUGUUUGGAGUAUUUCUAAUGCUCUAUUUGGUGACCUUGUCUGGGAACAUGACUCUGGUUAUCUUAAUCCGGAUAGAUUCCCGUCUUCACACACCUAUGUACUUUUUUAUUGGCAGUCUGUCUUUCCUUGAUUUCUGGUACACCACUGUGUAUACCCCCCUAAUCCUGGUUAAUUGUAUCUCAGAAGACAAGCGGAUUUCUUUGGCAGGUUGUGGGGCCCAGGCGUUCUUUUCCUGUGUUGUAGCCUACUCAGAAUGCUACCUCCUAGCAGCCAUGUCUUAUGACCGCCAUGUGGCUAUUUGUAAUCCUUUGCACUAUUCUGGCACCAUGUCCAGAUCUCUCUGUAUUGGGCUUGUCGCUGGCUCCUACAUUGGUGGGUUUUUGAAUGCCAUCGCUCAUACAGCCAACACGUUCCGUCUGAGUUUCUGUGGCAACAAUAUCAUUGACCACUUUUUCUGUGAUGCACCACCUCUGGUGAAGAUGUCCUGUACUGACACGCGGGUCUAUGAACAAGUGCUCCUGGGUGUG